GUCACACCACCCUGGCCACAUAGUGUGGAAGGGGUGGCCACAUUUGGCGUACCACCUGGCACAGGCCACACGUAAUUAACUUUGGCAGGUAAUCAGCAGAGAAGUGAUUAAGUGUGGUGUUGGUCGCACCACUGUUUGGACCGUAGGGAGUAGUGGCAGGGAGGGAUGGCAGGGAAGGAGGUAGAGAGGAAAAGAAAUAGUGUAUUCUUCCUAGCAUCGUGUGCAUCCUAGCAUGGUGUACGUGCUAUCGUCGUGUACAUCACUGAGCAGUGUACACGUUUUCCUAGCCUUACUAUGUCACAUGUACGUAACGUGUUUGUCUUCGUUUCAUUGCGGUACGACAUUGGUAACCACAACUAUCCUUAGAUCAACGUUAUACAGUCUCCAUCCCCACGACUUUGUAUUUGACUGACGAAGGUUGCUGGUCAGGCACAACGUCAGUCAGUGAAGAUAUCCGGGUGUUGCACACGCGUCCUGCUUAUCACCUGGUCGGUGUUGUGUUCCAUUUUGAUACGAGGAUUGCAAGACCUGGCUAGCUAUGAAGUGUUUUAAUCUUUCAGGUGUCAAGAGAACGAUUUACCCUCCAGGUCACCACCGCGUGCGGCAGUGAAGGUGCUACUGGAGUUUGUCACUGAUGGUUUUUACACAUGACUAUAAGAGAGGUGGAACACUGUGUGUAGGAGAGGUGAAACUGUGUACAACUAUGGAGACUGCGUGGGUAACCUUAUAAGUGGGGUGAAGCGGAAAGUGUUGACAUGUGUUGGAGUGGCUGGCUUCAUGCAACACAAGGUCGCUAGAAAACACUUUAUCAUUUGAUUGGUUGGUUAGAUUGCGGCCGCUUGUGGCGGCGCGCGAUCUUUUGCCAAUUUCGGCUUGAUCUGUCGCCACCUGCGGCUUGAUCUGUCGCCACCUGCGGCUUGAUCUGUCGCCACCUGCGGCUUGAUCUGUCGCUACCUGCGGCUCGAUCUGUCGCCACCUGCGGCAGCUGCGUUGCGGACGGUAGAUGCGGGUGCGGUGUGCGCCGUGGCGGUGGCGGUGGAGUGGGGAGAGAGGGAGGAGGGGCGAGGGAGCACCGACUACCUCUCCCCCAUGGUGGCCAGGGAGAUGGUGGAGGGGCGCGGCCCCCUGGGGGUAAUGAGCGAGAGCCUCACCCCCUUCACUUACCUGGGGGAGGACCUGGGGGGCAGCCCCAUGGUCUCUCCCCGCUCCUCCCCGCGUGCCAGCCCCCGCUCCUCACCAAGAGUGAGCCCCAGAGCCUCCCCCAGGGUGAGCCCCCGUUCCACCCCCAGACGCAGGUCCAGGGCGCUCUCCAGGGAGAUCACGCCCCUGGAGGAACUCAUCGUGGUCUCUGUACCCUGCAGGGAGCUCAAGGUUGAGAAUGUGCGCCUGCUGGACCGGUUCAGCAACAGAAAGUCGACGGGGACCUUGUACCUGACCGCCACUCAUCUCAUCUUCGUCGACCCGGACGCUAAGAAGGAAACUUGGGUGAGUGUAGCACCUGCCUCUCCCCAAGAGAGCUGUAUGAAUGUACUACUUCAGCAAGGAAGGUGUGUGAAUGUAUGACUUAAGGGAACCUUUUUAUAAGAGUAUUUGAUCUACUCAAUAGUUACAUUCCCAUCUGUAGUAUGUAAGUGUAAACACUAAUCGUCCCAACUGAAGCUGGUUUACAUUCAAACAGUAAAAUAAAUCCCAAAGGAAACUGUUACUUUCAUUCACUCAUAAACACGAUCAUACACGCUCAUACACGGCAUUCGAAUGCCGAGUUCUCUACCAUCCUAAACCUCCUUCAGCCUAUUCUUCCAACCCUUCCCUCCUUAACUCUCUUCAUCCAUCCUUUUCCUCCUCCUUCCUUUCAUCCACCCAUUCCUCCCAACUCCUUCCAUUCAACCCGGAUGUAUCCACUCUUAUUCAAACUAUCUUACUGUAGUCUUCUAAAUAACCAAAGUAACUCAACAACACACUGACCCCUGAUUCCUGCCUGUCAACCUACACACUGCCUCACUGCCCUCACACUCGCCCUUGGUUCCUGCCUGUCAACCUACACACUGCCUCACUGCCCUCACACUGACCCCUGGUUCCUGCCUGUCAACCUACACACUGCCUCACUGCCCUCACACUGACCCCUGGUUCCUGCCUGUCAACCUACA